AUGAAGUUUUCCGUCCUCUCUAUCCUAACCCUCGGCCUCACCGCCGGUGCCCUCGCCGCCCCUGCCAACAUGGAGCGCGAUCUCCCCACCAUCACCGGCGUCCUAUCUGGCAUCGGCCCCAAAGUCGACGCCCUCGACUCAGCCAUCCAGGCGUACACAGGCGGCGACGUGACCAAGGUCCAACAAGCCUCCGACAGCCUUGUCGAUGCUAUCAACGCCGGCACCACCAAGGUUAGCGGCACCUCUAACCUCAGCGGUGGCGAUGCUCUCGGUCUUCCGGGCCCCGUGAACGACCUCAAGCAGAAGAUCACCACGGCCGUUACCCAUCUAUCGAGCAAAAAGUCCCAGAUUGUUCAGGCCGGCAAGGGCGCCCAGACCUACAAUGACCUGAUCCAGCAGAAGACAGCUGCCAAGAAGCUGUCGGAUACGAUUGUCUCCAAGGUUCCUGAGAAUUUGCAGAACCUUGCCUCCGGCAUUGCGGGCGGUAUCUCUGAUGCUAUUGAGAAGGGGGUUCAGGAUUUCCAGGACCAGGCUGGGAAGGCUGGAAAACGUGAUGUUGAGGGCGCUGAGGCUGUUGCUGCUAUUGAGGUCUAA